GAUCAUGCCAACACCUGCAAUGAGAAAAACUCGCACUAGUGUAGUGAAUCGGUUAAAAAUUUUACACAGACGUAGGUCGAACAUUCUCGGCUCCGCGCAGCUUAUAAAAACUUUUAAUGAUGAAUACCAUGAAGGCAUGGUUCAUCAAAUACAGGUUAGAAUAGAUCUACUCGAUGAUCUAUGGAAAAGAUUUUGUGAAAUACAGGAUGAAAUCGAAAUAUAUGAGGAAUCUGAAGAUUCUGAGGACCUUUCAGAACAACGUGUGUCAUUCCAGAACAUUUAUGUUGAUCUCAAAUCCUCUCUAAUCACAAAAUUGCCUCGUGAUAAUCUCGUUUCAACUUCUCGAGUACCGACAGGUCAGGUACAGCCACAAAUCACACAAGCAAUUCGUCUUCCGGAGAUUAGAGUCCCAGAAUUCGAUGGGAAUCCGGAAAAGUGGAUUGAGUUCCGAGAUCUUUUCAAGUCGCUUGUUCACGCCAAUGGGCAGCUAACUUCCGUUCAAAAAAUGCAUUAUUUGAAGGCUGCAUUGAAGGGUGAAGCACAUCAAAUAAUUUCGUCAAUUCUCGUAUCCACCGAAAAUUAUCAAAUUGCGUUGAAAGCUAUCGAAGAAAGGUAUGAUAAUCCUAACCUAUUGAUUAAGCGUCAUAUUUCUGCAUUGUUCUCUAUUCCUACAUUGAAACGCGAAUCUGCUUCAGGGCUAUCCGAAUUGCUCGAUCAAUUUGAUCGCCAUGUUAGUGUGCUGAACCAAUUGGAGGGUCCAGAUCGUCACUGGAAUUCGGUCCUCGUGGAGAGUCUAAGUCGUCGUUUAGACUCAGUGACAUUAAGGGAAUGGGAAAAACAGUGCAAAGAUAAUGAGCGACCAACGUAUGAACAAUUAGUGAACUUCGUCAGAAAACAAGCUCGUAUGUUACUAUCGGUGAAACUAUCCCAAAAUGCAAGUGUAUUUAGCAAUGAUGAGAAGCGACCAACCAAAACGGGUUCGACAUUGGUCGCCACCGAACCUUCGAUUAGAUGCCCUCAGUAGUACCGUAUUCGGAUUCGUGGUGUCGGGAAUGUAUUCAUCUGCUGCAAAUCAAUCGCCGAUUUGCAUUAUUAGUACCGCCAAUAGUCUAGAAACAAUGCUCCAAAGGUUUUGGGAAAUUGAAAAUUUCGACGUCGGUAGAGCGUUAACUUUAGACGAGCAACGGUGUGAAGAUCAUUUUAGAAGAACUGUGUCGCGGGAACCUGAUGGAAGAUACGUGGUUCGACUACCGCUACGCGAAGACCGGUUACCCUAUCUUGGAGACGCGUAUCAGCUGGCUCAGCGCCGGUUCCUAUCAACUGAACGGCGUUUCAGGACGGACUCGAACCUCCGUGACAGCUAUCAUCAAUUCAUGGAUGAGUACGCAAGAUUGGGGCACAUGCAGCGCACUACGCAUACAGUUAAUUCGUGCGUUUCGGUUGAAUGAUACGGUUUCCCAGUUGAAAGCCUUGUUUCGAUCAGAAGAGCUCUUUUUGGUCAAAAGAGGAAAAGCUAGUGCGGAAGAGAAUCUACUACUAGUUUUGUGAUAGUGCAGGCGCUGCGCAUACUUUUUGGUGGUGGAGUGACAUAAACAAUUGGAAAACAACGUCGUGUGAAUGAAUUCACGCGCACCGAUGUGCCAACGUGGAAGCUGAGUAUUUUUAAAAGAAAAUCUACUAAUUUUGCUAUAUUUUAUGUGAGAUGAGUGACGCGUCGCGUAUGCGUACGGAUUGUGAUCGGGGGAGGGAGUGAGUGAGUGAUUGGAGAACGGUGAAAAAGCGCCAUUUAGUGUGCCACAUUCGUUAUCACAGCGCUAACUGCGAGCGUUUCGUCUGCAACGCAUAUCGCACUUUGGAGAAGCUGAGCGGUUUUUAUUUAUUAAAGAAAAAAAUACAAACGCAAACAAAAGGACGAGGGCUGUAAAUUGAAGUCGAGUGAUGAUAUGGAGCAAAAUUAGAACUCGACAAAGGCGGAUGAUAUACAUGAUUGUUGAGGAUCCAUGCCAAACCGUGCUUCUGUUGCUGCUCUAUUGGGUUCAAUAAAUAUUAAUUUAAAGUAAAAUAAGUUGAUUGCUGUAUCACUGCGCCUCGAAUUGGUCCCGCAUCAGAGGAAAACAGUCGUCAGCCCCUCAGUUACUGUGGCCGUGUGAGCGAGAGUCGCAUUCGUUGUUGUGUUUCAGACGAGAUAACAUACCCAAAAUGCUCAGUUCGUUAAAGUAUUGUGCGAAGCUAUGCUUCAACAUUUAAGUGUGCGACAAUUUUGGACGCAAUCUACCAAUAUUAUGGAUUGUGUCAGGCUUAUCGAGUACUAUAUCAACGAUUGAACGUUGGAACUCAGAAUUGGUAGUGAAAACAAGUGCAACGCGCGCAAGCGCCGGUUACCAACGUCAGCACCUUCUCUGGCGCUAGAGUCACAUUCGUUUUUUUUCCAUUGGAUCAAAUCAUUCUUCGACGUGUCUGUGAAGAGAGAGAAUCAAGUGAGCACACACGGUUCCACUGGUGAUGCUAAUCACUACAAAAUUGGAAUGAAAAUAUAAUACAAAGUUUAGUGCAGACGAGCAGUCAUCCAUUCGAAAAGAAUGCUCUAUAGCUGGUUGGCUAACAAGUGCAAGUGAUUGAAAAAGUUAAGCCAAAAGGAACAAUUCGCGUACAAAACUGGCACAAUUUUCGAAAGUGGAGUUUCUACGGAACAAAGUGCUCGAAAAUUAUCCCCUAAUUUUUGCGCCAUCGGUGUGACAUAUGG